UGGAUCUGCAAACACGUCACAUGGCCCUCAGCAGUCUCUUUACAGAAACGCUGAUGAUGAUGAACAAUUCCAGUGUUACAACAGCUGAGUCGCUACGGGGGAGCUUACGGAAGUGGAUUGACAGCAAAGUGCAUGGGUUGCUAGCGAUGCCCCUUCUCACAGCAGCGUGUCAGAGCCUGGCCUCUGUGCGACACAUGGCAGAGACGACAGAAGCCUGUAUCACUGCUUACUUCAAUCAAGAUUAUCCUCACCACCAGGAUUUAGGCUGGGGCCCUAUACUCGCCUCCCUCCAAGUUCCUGAGCUAACCAUGGAAGAAUUCCUGCAGGAGUGUCUGUCUUUAGGAAGCUACUUGACCCUGUAUGUCUACCUGCUGCAAUGCCUGAACACUGACCAAACUCUUACCAACGAAAUGAAGAUCCUGCUGACCAUCAGCAAAUGGCUGGAGCAAGUGUACCCAAGCUCAGCAAAGGAAGAGGCAAAGCUGUUUCUUUGGUGGCAUAAAGCCAUGCAGUUAUCCUUGAUUCAGAUGGAGCAAGAUGACACCAUUCUGAUCGAAUCUGUCGUUCGGACACUGCUGUCAAUCCAGGGCAGACAGAGUCAGCUGGCUGAGGAGAGACUGACUUCUGGAAUACUUGGUGCUAUUGGGCUAGGCAGGAGGUCUCCUUUGUCACCCAGGUUUCGGGUGGUUGCCCGCAGUUUGUCUGCCUUCCUCCUGGUGCAGAUUCCUGCAGAGGGUCAAGUCCGCCUGAAAGCGGGGUCAGAGCCAAAGCUGUCGCAGAAGGCCCAGCAGGCACUGAAUGCUCUUGAAUCUAUGGCAUCAAACAAACAAUAUAUGGAUUAUCAAGAGCAGCUCUCCCAGGCUUCUCAGUUCAUCAAGCAUCCGGAACACUGUCUUCGAGAUGGCAAUAAUCUCUUGGCGCUCCUUAUUAACACUCUGUACCCAGAAGUGCAUUAUUUGGACAGCAUACGAUAGCAGCAUUGGGCCCGCAGAAUCAUCAUGCAAUGUUGGUUACUCUGGUUUACAUAUAAUGUUGUUAUUGCACAAGUAAUUUUUACCUUCAGAGUUCCACUUUAAUGAAGUCAGAAGUGUGAGUGGGAACUGCACGCUGGCAAGUUUUCUCCUCUUUAAGGUUUUCUUUCUCUUCUUUUGAUUUGUAGGCCUGUGGAAUUGCUCGGUUUUUGUUGACUGAAAACACGUUAAUAUCUUCCUGUGAUACGUGAUAUACACGUGAAUAUCACAUCUGAGAGGAGGAUACCUGAGGAUAGAUGUACGAAUCAUUAGACAGCAAAGCUCAUCCUGUAGCGUCUUAAGUUUUUGCUUUGUGCCUUUUUUUAUUUUCCAAUGUGUCAUCGCUCAGGCCAGUUCAAAGUGAGUGGAGGAUUGUGUAUAAAAGAGGUUUUAACUUUCUUAACCACGAUACCUCUAAAUCUUAUGUGAGUGUGUUUUUGGAGAUGUGUGAAGUCACUGUAUUUGGCAAGAUAGUAUUUUAAAUUUUGACUUUUUUUUGCUAUCCCACAGAAAUCUGUAGUUGAAAGGCAUGCCUACAGUCUUCUCCCACUUCUGUAAAUACAAACUAAAAUUUGAACUAAAGAACAUUGGUUUUUCCUUUUUUCUAAAUAUUAGUGAGUCUGCAUCUAUAUUGCUUGAUUAAAUACAAGUCACUUCUAGCCAAGUUCUUUUUAAGUCAAGUGACUUAAAUCCAGAGACGGAUUUUCUGGAUCCCCAGCGUCUGGGAGGGGAACAGUCAGUUAUGUUCAUGUUAGAUAGGAUUCCUUAAUUCUGAAAGUCUGGUUGUUUAGGAAAUACUGGUUUAACAACUGGACACCCGCCACUUCAGUUUAUUCUUUUCUUCCUAGGUAGGCAUGGCACAACAGGAUUUUAGAUGACACUGAAAAGGUAUUUAUCUUGCAUUAUAUUUGGUGAUCGCUUGUUAAAAUUCUAUUGCCUGUGAACAUGAACCUGUAAAUCUGUUGUUUCAGCUGAAUGAUGACUGGUUUUGUUUGCCUUGUCUGAUCGUAAGAUGCACCUUUGUUCAGGGAAAGCGGAAGGCGAGUUUCCCCAGUUGCUUGUCUAGCGCUGUCCCUUUUAGCGCUGAUCGAUUUGAGGUGGCCCAAGGUCCUGCAGUCCCAGUCUCUACACCUCUAUGAAGGAACGAUGAUCGCUUCUUGUCUUCCUCCAUUAAUUGUGCCUUUAUGUUUAGAACAUGGUUACGCUUUAAAACGUCAGUUGUGGUCACGAGGGGAAGGAAAUGUGCUACCUACUGUCUGGUUAAUAAUGCUUUGAAGUGUUGCUCUUAACUCUGGUUCCGGAGCUGGAGAGCAAAUCACUUUUUUCUUCUUGACAGAUUCUGCUAACUGUGCCAGCUGGAUCAUUAGAUCACCUUCAUCUUAAUGUGGUCUUAGAGUUCUUCGCUCUAUCUGCGAGCCUAUAAAUAUAUAUACAUAUAUAUACACAUAUGUACAUCCCUCUGUAUAUUAACCAGAUAUCAAUGCAGCAUGUUUUUUAACAGACUCUUUUGGAAAAUUCAUGUCUGGAAGAAUACAUUCUGCUGCUUUUUUUCCCCCCGAAGACUUAAAAGCACUGGUUUUAUUAGAUUCAAUGUUACUGAUCCGUUGCAUAAAAAAAAAUGUGAAAAAGUCAGAAAUAUGUGUUUGACAUGCACUUUUAAAAUGAGGUAUUGUUUCAGCUGUUGAGUUUUUACAAAUGUUGUAUUUAUAACAUGCUAUGUCUGCAAAGACCAUGCAAAAUAAAAAU